AUGUUUCAGGCCGACCAGCUGACAGAAGAACAAAUUGCAGAGUUCAAAGAGGCUUUCAGUCUGUUCGACAAAGAUGGUGACGGUACCAUUACCACAAAAGAACUUGGAACUGUCAUGAGAUCUCUCGGACAAAAUCCUACUGAAGCAGAAUUACAGGACAUGAUCAACGAAGUAGACGCUGAUGGAAAUGGCACAAUAGAUUUCCCAGAGUUCCUAACAAUGAUGGCAAAGAAAAUGAAAGAUAGCGAUUCAGAGGAUGAAUUAAAAGAGGCAUUUAAAGUUUUCGAUAAAGAUGGCAAUGGAUUUAUAAGUGCAGCUGAACUCCGCCAUGUUAUGACAAAUCUAGGAGAAAAAUUAACUGAUGAAGAAGUUGAUGAAAUGAUCAGAGAGGCUGAUACCGAUGGCGAUGGUCAAGUUAAUUAUGAAGAAUUCGUCCAUAUGAUGACAGCAAAUCUCUUCGACAAGGAUGGUGACGGUACCAUUACCACAAAAGAACUUGGAUCUCUCGGACGAAAUCCGCCAGAAACAGAACUACAGGACAUGGUCAACGAAGUCGAUGCUGAUGGUAAUGGCACGAUAGAUUUCCCAGAAUUCCUUACUAUGAUGGCCCGAAAAAUGAAAGACUCAGAUUGCGAGGAAGAAAUCAGAGAAGCAUUCAGAGUAUUUGAUAAGGACGGCAAUGGUUUUAUAAGUGCAGCUGAACUUCGUCACGUGAUGACAAAUCUCGGAGAAAAAGUGACAGACGAAGAGGUAGACGAGAUGAUACGAGAGGUUGACAGAGACGGAGAUGGACAAGUUAAUUAUGACGAAUUUGUGAAAAUGAUGACUUAUUUUCCUCUAAUGUUUCAGGCCGACCAGCUGACAGAAGAACAAAUUGCAGAGUUCAAAGAGGCUUUCAGUCUGUUCGACAAAGAUGGUGACGGUACCAUUACCACAAAAGAACUUGGAACUGUCAUGAGAUCUCUCGGACAAAAUCCUACUGAAGCAGAAUUACAGGACAUGAUCAACGAAGUAGACGCUGAUGGAAAUGGCACAAUAGAUUUCCCAGAGUUCCUAACAAUGAUGGCAAAGAAAAUGAAAGAUAGCGAUUCAGAGGAUGAAUUAAAAGAGGCAUUUAAAGUUUUCGAUAAAGAUGGCAAUGGAUUUAUAAGUGCAGCUGAACUCCGCCAUGUUAUGACAAAUCUAGGAGAAAAAUUAACUGAUGAAGAAGUUGAUGAAAUGAUCAGAGAGGCUGAUACAGAUGGUGAUGGUCAAGUUAAUUAUGAAGAAUUCGUCCAUAUGAUGACAGCAAAGUAGACCAUCACUACAAGAAUUGUUUCCUCCUUCACUGUCUCGUCAUAAGUACAUUUCAUUAAAGACAAUUUUUCAAAUGUACUAUCAUACUAAAAACAAUUAUUUUGACUAAAAAAAAAGUGUAAUACUUGUGGUUAAAACUACGACAACAAUGUACUACGUGGUAACGCGGUCUUAACCACAAGUUAUAUGAUUUAAAUAUGAUUGAUAUUAAGGAACCUUUCCAGCCAUUUUUGCUGUAGAAUUGAAACCGUGAUUUUAUUCUAUUUAACAUGAAAUGAAAGUUCAUGUUUAUAUACUCGUUUUGCAUGAUGCGUGGAUUAUGAGAUUGACUGGCCCACUAGGUCAUUACAUUAAUUAUCCUUUUCUCUACUGCAAUGCGUCCAUAUUUUUUGUCCGUCCAUAUUCUGUGUCCGUCCAUAUUAUUUGUACGUACAAUAUUCAUUAAUAUAAAAAAAAUGUUACAAUCAUUAUUAAAAAAAAAAUGCAAUCAAACUACAACAAUCCUCAAAGUAUACUGUUUUUUGUAACUUUAAAUGAUUUCAGGAUUAUAAUAAAGAUAUCAGUCAAUUAAACAAUCUGAAAACCCUGUAAUGUUAACAUUUUAAUCAAAGUUUUAGGAAGAGAUCCAUAUAUAUAUAUAUAUAUAUAUGUCCCUUUUUUGACAUUCGUUUCUUAGAAUACCCAAUCGUAAUAAAACCUGACCACAAAUAAGUUUGACAAAAAUUAUACCCAUGUUUAUGUAAUAGUAGCAUGUAAAUAUAAAACAAAUUAGGUUUUGUUGUGUACUCGUAAAUUAAAUUGAUAGACAAGUUUGGGUUGGGAGUUAAAGGUUGACUCGAACUUAAAAUCACAAAUAAUUCACCUUUUGUGGUUUCAGUUUCGCAAUUUAUUACUUCCUUUUCUCUGUGUAAUAGAUCCCACAGUGUCAUCAACAUAAAGAGUUACACAUAGAAAACAAGAUAUGCUUAUCUUGUCUACACUCCUAGUCGCAUGAUGAAAUGUCAACUGUGAUUUGUACAAUGUACCUAAUAUAAUUAAAAUGUAAAUAACA